AUGCCUUCUGUUGGAUCUCGGUUUACUUAUGAAGCCCUCACCUUGGGCGAAUUCCGGCUCCUCUCAAUCAGGCCUGGCCACGCGCCGUGCGAGUAUAAGUACUCACUCAGACACGAAAGUUUAUCCAACCCUCCCCCAUACAAGGCACUAUCAUAUGUUUGGGGUGACCCUACUGCGCAUCAUGAGAUCAAACUCAAUGAUGGACGUUUCGCCAUUAACUCAAAUCUCAAAACUGCUUUGAAGUACUUGCGUUUUGAGGACGAAGAAGCCAUUUGGAUCGAUGCGAUCUGCAUUAAUCAGAAUGAUGACCAGGAGAAAAGUAGACAGAUCGCAGCGAUGUCGCAAAUAUACCGCGGUGCGAAUGAAGUGAUAGCUUGGAUAGGAGAAUCGUCACAAGAGAGCCGAAGAGCCUUUGCAUAUCUCGACACUUGGCUUCGAUCCGUUACUGAACUCAUGAAGAUUCAACAGGCGCCAGUAGAUGGCAGGGACAUCUAUGAUCUGAACAAGAGAAAGGACUUGAUCGUCUCGGAAUUUCCAUUGCUCAAAGGAGAUACAGUCCACCAAAUUUUGAAGAUUAUUGAAGAAGACAUGUCCAUGUCUCUUGGCUCUCUUAAUUCCCCUCACAUCUUGUCGAUUGAAAUCGAUAUUCAUUUCCUUAGCCAACCUGCAGAGAGCAGAAUUCUAGAUUUGAUCCGUGACGAUGUGAAUUCUAGAGAUGACGCGGAAACGCCCGAGGAUGAAGAAGCACCCCACAAAGUGAAACUAUCGAAUCCCAAUGGCCCUCUAGCAAAACUCCUAGCUUCUAUCGAUGGUGACUUUCACGCUUUACGGCAUACGUUCUCUGAGAGGGCAUGGUGGGAAAGACUUUGGGUGAUACAAGAAGCUGUUGUCUCAAGAGAGUUGAGUCUCCAGUGCGGACAAGAAAAGAUACCUUGGGUGUGUCUCGAUCAGACUUGGCAUCUUGUCUUGAGAUACUUUCAACAACCAAUCGCCAGAACCUUGACGUCUGUAUUUCAUCGGAUGUGGGAAAUCUCCCUCCUCCGUAAACUAAAAUUCGUCGAGUCACAGGAAGGAAGUUACUAUUAUGGGCUAGAUUUCGCGUUGGAGAGCUUUGAACGAUUUAAGAGUACCGAUCCACGGGACAAAAUAUUUGGCCUUCUAAAUAUUGUAUCUUCGACUGGUCCCGCCAUUCAACCAGACUAUGGGAAAAAAACGUCAGAGGUGUUUACUGAAGCGGCCGUAUAUCUGAUAUCGCAGACUCGGCGCUUAAAUGUUUUGUGCGGUACCCAGCGAGCAGAUUCAAAGCCGCAAUGGCAGGAAGAUGAUCCAUUACCAAGCUGGGUUCCGAACUUCUCUUUGACAAGCGGCUACGAGCCGUUAUUAAGACUCAAUGAAGGGAGUGGCGUUUAUAAUGCUAGCGGGGAAUCACAUAUUAUUGAUGCAGUUUCAUAUGAUGAUCUUUCACGGUCCUUAUAUCUCACAGGCUUUGUCUGGGAAGAAAUUGAUCAUGCGACAACGAGGUCACGAGCCGAAGACCUAGAUUGGGAAGCGACAUUGUUACAGUGGGAACCUGAGAGCUUGGAGGCAAGGGAAUAUCCCACAGGAGAGAAUAUUGUGGAGGUAUAUUGGCGGACUCUUUUAAAAGACUCAUCGUUGUUGGACCCCGAUAACGAGCACACGCACCAACUUUGGACUCGACUCAAGCACUGGACGUCAUCCCGCAGAGGUCCCAUUCGAAAGCGACUUAAACCAGAUGAGAUGUGCGACGAGAUUUGCAUGCUUAGGUCUUGUUUCUGGGUGUGGUCCAAUCGCACGCUACUGCGCGAAGGAGUAUUGGAGUUGUGGCGAAGUCCAGGAAUUUCAGAUCAAAGGUAUUUAAACAAAAGUGCAUCAUAUGUUUUGGAGGGAAAUAAAUUUAGGCAUGUUCGUCAGCCCGGAUGGCGGACGACGGACGAUUCGUCCCUUGGAGAGGAGCUCGACAUAACGAUGUCAAUGAGUGUCGCCGCCGAAGACAUCAAUGACCGCUCAGAGAGUGAAAAUAACAAGGCGUUGACGCAGGAAAGGGAAGAAUCCGACCAGGAGACUGUGACGAGUGAAGACUACGACAUUCUAUGCGAAGACUGCACUCCGUUCACGAAGGAUGAGCUUUUAGAGGAAGGUGGUCCAUUUAAGAUGAACUAUCGCGAUCGUUUGCGACACAGCACGCUCGGGUAUAUGUUCUUUACAACUAAGAAAGGCUAUAUGGGACUUGUACAAGGAGAUGCAUCACCUGGAGAUCUAGUGGCCAUCGUACAAGGCUCAGAUGUACCGCUCAUCCUCCGCCGACAGGCAUCCGGCCUCGGAAGGGAUGGAGAGGAGAGAAUUUUCUAUACAUUGGUUGGGGCCUCGUACGUACAUGGAAUUAUGGAUGGGCAAGUUGCUGAGCAGUGCAGCUUGGAUGAAGAUAAGAUAUACCUUCAAUAA